ACGCCCUUGCCAUUCACUCAUUCACAUCCUUCCCAUCAAUUAAUAAAUAUCAAAUACAAAAGUCUUACCACCAAGCUAUACAUCUAGUUAUUUAAUUAGUCCAAAAUGGACUCCGGACUACAUAGGAUUUCACAAGCACUACUAUUCAUGACAUUUAUAGUGGGGCUAGCCAUUGCCCAAAACAGCAACCAAGACUACCUCAACGCCCACAACUCGGCUCGCGCGGAGGUUGGCGUCGGGCCGCUGAGUUGGGACGACAGUGUGGCGUCCUACGCGCAGCAAUACGCCAACCAACGCAUGGAUGACUGCAAUUUGGUGCACUCCGGAGGGCCUUAUGGCGAGAACAUUGCGUGGAGCAGUGCAAACCUUUCGGGGGUUGAUGCCGUGAAAAUGUGGGUGGGUGAGAAGGACAAUUAUGAUUACAACUCCAACACCUGCGCCGCUGGCCAAGUUUGCGGGCACUACACUCAGGUGGUGUGGCAGAACUCGGUUCGCGUGGGCUGCGCUAAGGUUCAGUGCAACAAUGGUAAGGGUACCUUCAUUGGAUGCAACUAUGAUCCUCCAGGCAAUGUUAAUGGCCGUCGCCCUUACUAAAUUAAAGUAUCUUCUAUAUAAAUAUUAUAUGCUAUAUAUGUAAUAAUAACAGGCUAGGCCUUCUCACUAUUAGGGAAAAAAAGCCUUUGAUAUAUAUAUAUAUAAAUAUAUAUUUAUAUAAUACGUACUUAUUAUGUGUACGAUCAUAUAUAUUAAUGACAGAAAGAUAUGAUUGUUGCCUAUAUUAUAAUCAACUAAAUAAAUAUAUAUUCUGUCA